CAAGAGUGGGACACCUUAAAGUAUUCGGAUGCAUCGCAUAUGCCCGCAUCCAAAAAAAAAUCGCGAAAAGCUUGGCGAAAAAGGAGAAAAAUGUAUCUCUAUUGGAUAUAAUUACGAAUAUAAAGGACAUCGUCUCUUUUAUACCAAAUCCAAGAACUUAAUCAUCUUAAGAUAUGUUAUUUUCGAUCGAGGAGCACAAUGGACGUGGACGAAGAAGGAAUCUCAACCAUGUGAAGGAGAUUUUUUCUUCCACUAAACUCAAGAGAAGAUGAAGGUCCAAAUCAUCCAGCAACGUAAUCAUCCUCCAGUCCAUCACUCCAUCAUAUCUGAGAUAUCCACACUAGAAUUAAAAAAUUAAGGGGCUGCGGUUAUGUGAAAAAACGCAGUUCUUAAUAUUAAGGGUUGUGGAAGCAAACAACGGCAGCCUUUUUGUUUUGUUUAUAAUUAUUUGCGGAUCUCUCAGUCUCCAUCUCUCACUCUCACCUCUCUCAGCCCUAAUCUUUUCAAAAAUUUCAAUGAUUCUUCUACUUCCUCCGAUUCGCUCUUACCCUUGCCCUAAUUCUUUCAAGCUUUCGAUAAUGAUUGGCCUUGCGACUUCGAUUUGAGGCCCGAAUAUGCCAUCAAUUGCCAAUUCGCUGAAAUUUCUGGUCCCUGUUCCUUCCGCCUUCUCCAGCCGUCAACCUCCGUUGGUGCUGGUGUUGCUUCAGUUGUUGCCGUUGAUUUACUCCAGUGGUGUUCGCGGAUGCCGCCGCUCUAUGAGAAAAAAUUUUGCAAUACGAAGCUCUGAAACCACAACAAAUCCUCAGCGACUGUAUUACAAGUGUGAUACAUACAACAAUUUCAGAUGGUGCAAAGGAAGUGUGGAGCACAAUCUGAACAACCAACAUGAAUCUCCACUAUGCAGAGAAGAAGGAGAUAGUUCAAAGAAGAAGAAGAUGAAGGAAGAGCUUAAGCACUUGAAGAAAAAACUGAAGCAAUAAUAGAAACUAGUAAAUGCAACAAUAAAAGUAGGAGUACUCAUGUUUGUAGUUGUAAUAUUUGUAAUAUUUAAGUGAAAUAUUGUAAUUGGUGCAAAAUACCAAACGUAAUAUUGUUUACCACAAAUUAGCAUGUGUUAACUGCUGUAGCAUCGACUGAAAACCUAAUGUAGCAAAAAAUCACCAUUUGAAGUA